ACUUUGCAAGAUCAAUCUGGACCCGGUGUGCCUCGGGAGGACGAUCCACAGCACCUGUUGUUCGGGAAUGUCUAGGACGUCUUCAGCAUAGGAGUACCCAAAUUGCUCGGAGCGCCCAAACCUGGCUGGAGACCCGAGGGGGGAGGGACGAGACGGCCUCAGGCCCGAGAGGAGCCUUGCGAUGGCCAGAUGUUGCGCUCAGGAUCAAUAAGUGGCAGAUCGGAGGGUCUGGAACAGCUGCAGAUCGGCGUGUCUGAGCUACUUUGAGAGCCAGGUUGUCCGCGGACCUCCGAAGGCAGUUCCUGCCAGCUUGCAGCCCCACAAGGGGACAUGAGGUGGCUACAAUGCGUAUGAGGAGGGCUGAGGACGGCAGCGUGUCAAGUGGGAAGAGGGAUGGCAGGGAUACAGUACCAGAGAGUGGGAGCAGGGUCAGAGGGAGCAGCGCCAGCAUCACAGCUGGGCCACCUGACCAAGUCUGUUGAUGCCUUCCAGCUGGCGCCAGCUCAUGAGGUGCCAUGCCCGGCUGGGAGGCUCAGCGGACUCAGGAAGAGGAAGAACGCUGCAGCGGGCGUGCAGGAGCAGCUUGAGAGGAAGUUUGGGGCGCCGCUGGCGCGCACGUUGUCAGUGGAGGAGUCAGCGCGCAGCAGCGCCAGCCUGGGCACGGGCCUGGCCGGCGAGUGGCGCAUGCGGCUGCUGGGCGACAGCGAGGACGACGGCGACAGCCCCGCCAGCCUGCUCCGCUUCUCCAUGCCGCUGAGCGAGGAGGUGGAAGCCGGCGGGAAACGGCGACGGGUGACGCCGCAGGUGCCACGCAGCUUGGGCCACCUUUGCAGCGUGGCUGCCGCGCUGUCAUCGGAAUCCGCGUCCCCCGCGCAGUGCCUCGCCAGCAGCACGCCCGAUGCCUGCGAGGCCGCGCAGCCGCCGCACAGCUGCCCCAGCCCCUCCUGCCCAGAGGAGCCUGAGCUGCAUGUCAGCACCGGCGAGGAGCUCUCCUCCGCCUCGUCCUCCGACCUGGACAGCUCCUCCCCGGACUCCUGCUACGAGCAGGCCUACAUCUGCGACGCCGGGGCGCGCGCGGCAGCGCCGGCCCCGGCGCGGCUGCAGGGCUCCUCCAGCCUGCGCCAGCAGCAGCUGCCGCAGCCGUGCGCGCAGCACAUGGCGCCGCCGCGGUCCGCGCCGCGGCAGCAGCGGCGACCGCUCGGGCAGGCAGAGGUGUACCGCUUCGGGCAGGGCAUGCAGCUGCGCAGCAGCCGCCUCUCCGUGGCCGGCGCACCCCGCGAAUGCCACCGCACGCGCUCUGGAGUCGCCAAGCGCGCCCCGGCCUCCGAGUUCAUCGAUCUGACGCAGUCUCCUUCCGCGGCUCCCGGCGCGCCGGCCGUGCCCACCCAGGCGCAGCCGGUGGCCACCGUGCUUCGCAUCGCCGCCCUUCAGGUGGCGGCCAGCGCGCCAGCGCAGCCAGAGCCGGUCCCCCCACAGGUGGCGGGGGGCGACCAGCCGGCGGCGGGGGGCGACACCACGGUGGCGGUGGCCAACCUGAUGGCGGGCCACUCCCUGGCGAGGCUGCCCCCUGCGCAGCUGGCGCUGCUGAUCGCCAACCACAACGGGUCGGACCCAGUGCUGACGCAGGCGCUGCAGUGCGCCAUGGCCGCCCUCUCCGACGCGCAGCUCGGCGCCGUCGGGUGCGCGCUGCAGGAACUGAACCGCGCGCUGCGGGGCCCGGCCGUACACAGCACGGGCGUAGCCAAGGCGCAGCGGCUGCAGCCGGAGGCUGUCGAUGUUGCGGCCAACCCAGCCGGCAGUGCAAUGGUCACUGGUGUCAAGGCACCGGCGUACAACGUGCUGCGCAUGCCGCGGCCGCUGCUGCCGCCUCAGGCGCAGGUGCAGCUGGAGCUGUGCCGGGCGCUGCAGGCUGGCGCGUCCGCUGCGGUCUGCGCGCCCUCCUGGCUGCAGGUGCUCACCAUGUGGAGCCGCGGCACCGACAUGGCCCAGGCCGACACCCCCGCCUUCGCCCUCCACCUCUGGACGCGCGUCCAGCCCCUGGUGUCGGCGGAGCACGUGGCGAGUUUGGGAGCGGUGAAGCCGUGGGAGACGGUGGUGCUGGCGUGCCUGUGGGUGGCGGCCAAGCACGAGGAGGCGCGCCGCGCGCUGCCCCCGGCCAGCCGCAUGGCGCCGCUCGCCUCCUGCAACGCGCGCACCCUCUGCGCCGUGGAGAUCCACGUGCUGGAGCUCGUCCGCUGGGCCCCGCUGUCCAUGUGGGACGACCGCCACCACACCAAGGGCGUGCGCGUCAGCUUGCAGGAGCUGCCGGCCUGA